AUGGAUGUGGAGUUAGAUGAAGAUUUAUAUAGAUACGAUACUUUAUCAUGUCCAUACUACAAAUGUCCCCCACCAGCAAAUGAAAAUAUAGAUUGUUCAUGCGAUUAUACAAAUGUUAACGAUUGUCCACCAACGAUAGGACGUGAUCCAUCAUGUGAGCCAUGUCCUGAAAAGAUCGAGUAUUAUGAUGGAGAUAAAAUGGACCUAUCCGAUGCUUGUGGAGGCGAUUGGACAGUAUUGGAGUACAACAAAAAGUACAAUUAUAGUAUCACAGAAACAGCUUUUUUUAGAAUUAAAGCUCCUUCAUUUGGUUGUAAAGGUACUUCAUUAAAAAUCAAUUCAGUAGAUGGCUUUGGUCCAUCGUAUAUUGGGCCACUCAACGAAAUGUACUAUAUUCGUUAUUCAUCAUCAUUAAGUCCACAAAGAAAUGUAUUACUCAAUUUAUGCCCAUCCGAUAAUUGGUCACCAGAGGAACAUUACACUUUCACAACUUCAUGGACUAGAGAUACUUAUUUCAUUAGAGUUGAUCCAACUACUUCAAUUUUCAAUUUUACCAUUGAACUUCAAAAUUAUGAAAUUCCAAGCGAUGCACCAUCAGCCUGUACCCCAAUUUCUAGUGACCAUCAAUGUAUUACCACCAAUCAAGUUAUAAUGGGUGAGGGUAAUAAUUCAGUGCCAAUCUAUUAUAGCUACCAAGUAGAGAGAGCAGGCCAGUAUUUCUUUAAUGCACCAUCAAUUUACCAAAGUACUUCAUUUUAUAUUUCAAAGGACCCAAAUAAUAAAUAUCCAGAUGAAACAAAUGGUUAUUGGCAAUUAGAGGAAGAAUUUGAUAAUUUCUUAUUUUUUAGUUUUGAUGAACCCACAACAUUAUAUAUUACAGCAGUAUCAGUUUUUGCAACCAAUUUUACAUUUUCUAUUUGCGACCAAGGUUUUAAAUCUCGAUAUUCAGUAUCAUCAAUGACAUCACCAACCGAAGGGGCCUUUUCAUUAACAUUAACAUCAAGAUUAUUAUUAGAAGAUGGCCAAAUUUUAAAUAAUCCAACUUACCAUGGAUCACUUACCUAUUCUGUUUUAUACCCACAAGUGGAUAUUUCACCAAUGUUUCCAGUUCCCUUAUAUUUCCAUGCCUCUUCAAAGUUUUCAGAUCUUAAAAUAACUAAUAAUAUCGCACAUUAUAAUGAAUUUAAACCAAAUUCAUACCAAGCAGCAGUAUUAUUAUCAACAUCAAUUGGAAAAACAAAUAUAAACAAAUUUUAUGAUUUCGAAACAAUAUUAAACUCGAAAUUAGAAUUUUUAUCUACAAUAUUUGAUAAAGAUGGAAAUGCAAUAAAUAAUAUUGUUGGAUUUGAAGAGAAAGUUUUAGAAUGCAAUGAAACAGAGUUUAAUCAAAUAUUUCAAUUAAUUGAAGAAACUCAAAAGGUAUUGUUCAAUAUUUCAGAUUUUGACGAGUUAAAUAAUUAUAGAUACACAUUAGACUCAUUACAAAUUAGUGAUGGCUGGGUAGGUUGUAGCAAUAAGGCUGUUCAAUUGUUAGAAAUGGAGUCUAUACCUAAAAACAUAUCAUUGGUUUAUUGUCCAUAUAAAAGAGAUGAUCCAGAGUAUUCACAAGACCCAUGCUGUAAUCCAUUAAUGACAUAUUACGAAUGUUGUAACCCAAGAGAAACCUCAUUAAAUUUUACAGUUUAUAGUAAAGGUGACCAGUCUCUAGUUGAAGAACAAUGCUCAAGUAUCGAUUGCACCUUAUCAGUAUUGGCAGACUAUGGCAAAUCAUUAAGUAAUAUAGAUGCUUGCACCGUACCUGACAUUGAGCCUCUUAGAAUCAAAUUAGAAUCUACAACUGUUUUACGUCAAUGUAAGAGUGUUUUAGAACCACCUUAUUGUACAACUGACCAAGAUUGCCAAGAGUAUAGCGGUAAAGAAUGCAAUUUAUAUUCAAGAACUUGUAUGCCAGAUUUCGAAAUAUUGGAUAAGAAGUAUAUAAGAUGUGCUUUAGAGAAUUUAUCAAGAAACGUAGUUUUCUCUUUAUUAGAUGGAACAAUUAAAGUUGAUGAUGCAGUCGUUCAAUCAGUUUAUGAUCAAAAUCAAAAAGAAGAUUGCGUUGGUUUUUCAAGUAUUUAUGAUCGUUCAAAAUUUGCUUGGAAAUCUUAUGUUUCGCUCCCAUUCUGCUAUAAAAUAAAAGAUUGUUUGGAUGAAACUUGUCUUACUCGUCAUGAUACUUGCUUGGAAGGUAUGUACGUUGACUGGUAUUUAGAUGAAAUUUCAUCAGUAGAAAAUUGCAGUGCCACAGGUUUUUGUAAUGGAGAUACAUCUUUAACUUUAGAGGAAUGUGAAGACAUUGGUGGAGGAUUUUGUGGUUAUUGUACAAACGAAAAUAGCACAUGCCAUUCAGCAUCUCAAUACUUUGGUACAGAGACAACAUGUCAAAACCAAAAGAUUUGUUUAUCACCAAAUGGAGAGUUCCAAGUGGGUUUAACUGACCAACAAUGCGAAGAGGAUGUUUCUUAUUGUACAGAACCAUGUGGUUAUCAAUGUACUUCAACCCUAUCAACUAUGUCUGGUUGUUUAAUUUUUAAAAAAAAUAUAACUCAAGCUGAUUGUGCUAGUUAUCCUAAUACCGAAUGGACAGAAGAAAAAAAAACUUGUGUAGCUAAAAGCUUUACCACCCAACAGCAAUGUAGUGGCGCCUCUUUUACUUGGGUAGAUUGUUCAAAUAAAGGCGAGGGUGAAUGUAUGGGUCCAAUUCAAAAUUUGGAUAUUUGUUACCUUGAACCAGUCCAAUGUGCCACCAAAGAAGAGUGUGAAAACUCAGGUGUAUGCUCAGAUGAAUUCUAUUUCGAUCCAAAACAUGGUAACCCUUACUAUCCAUUUGGUGCAGGUAAAUGUGUAUUUAAACAUGGCUCAUAUCAAGGCGGUAUUACUUGUGAUGAUAGUGAUGGCAAGAACCAAAAUGAUUCACCAAAUGGUUGUUAUUUUACAUAUCCACUUCAUCUUACCAAGAGUGAUUGUGAGGCUGAUGGCGGUAAAUGGUGGGUCCCAGCUAUAGAUAAGGAUACAUGCGAGUCUCAAAUGGGUUGCAGGGUUUUAGAGUCUUCAACAGUUUCAAACUUACCAUUCAAUUAUUUAUUUAAUGAAAUGGACCAACAAGAGUGCGAAGGUUGUUAUCAGUCUUUUAAUGAAUGGACGAAUAAAUAUCAAUGGUCAAAUGCUAAAUGGUUAACAGGUGUAUCGAAGCCAACUCGAUGGAUCCCAACCGAAUUUGUACCAAAUCAACUUGGACCACAAUUUAACUAUGAAUUGUUUUAUAACAGUGUAAUGGAGUCAACAAAUACAUUAGUUGCAGAUUUAUUUAGAUCAGAAGCCUAUUGCAGAUUACAACAACUACAGUCAAAUUUAAAUUCAAUUACAUGCAGUUGUGGAUCAAGCAAGAGCGAUUAUUCGAAAUGCUUCGAGCAGUCAUCACCAUUAUUAGGUUUAUCAAAACCAUGCACCACCGAAAAAUCUACAUUUUCAUUUGAUUUUGGUCACAUUGAAUUUACCAAUAACUCAAUCGACUCAUCGUGUCAAUCUAUUACAGUUUAUUCUCAAUCCAAAGAGUUGUACACAUCAACAAGACCCGAAUCAUUAGCAUCAAAUUUCGUAUCCUAUAAGAAAACAGAUCUUUAUGGUAUUUUCAAUGAUAAUGGUGCUGUUAUUGGAACCCUACUAAGUGAUGGCAUUAUCAUUAAAUCACAAGAUGGUAUAAGAGAAGCAGUUAUUUGUUUUGUAGUUGCUACUGGUGAAAAGGUAAAUUCGAAAUAUCCAAUAUUUGACUUUGCUAUACAAUUAAAUAAUGAAACUAUCCCAACACCUUUACAAGUUGAAACUUAUUUUGAAAGAAAUAAUGAAACUUCAAAUACACUCAUUUGCUCAAUGGUUACCGAUAUUUCUCAAAAUGACCCAAUAUAUUUCCCAAUCAAUCGUAUUUCAGAUUAUCAAGAUCAACAAAAAGAAGUAUUUGAUGAUACAGCAAAAGGUUUAAUGUAUACUUUAGCAGUAAUUUUCAUUAUUGUUGCAUUAUGGGGUUUCUUUGAAAUUGCAUUAAUCAUUUAUAAUUAUUAUAACGAAUCUAAAAAGGCAUUCCAAUUGGUUCACCUUUUAAUCAUUAUUGUAACUCUAUUUAUUUUAAUCCGUGCCAUUUACUUUUUCAUUAUGCCAUCUGGUGCAUUAGCUUAUAGUCCAGUUGCAGAUUACAUUUUGGUUGUUUUGCCAACUUUCAUUUAUUUCACAGCCUUUACUAUUGUAGUGGUACUUUGGUAUGUUAUUUUCUUCUUGGUAUUAAAGAAACAUCGUUCAGCCGAGUCUCUAUCUAAAAGAAUUUACACAACCGUCGCAGUUAUAAAUGCCGUGCUUUAUCUUUUAUUCAUUGCCAUUGUUUUAGUAUUCCAAUAUACCAAACAAGAUAAACCUAAUAAUUGUGGAUCUCGUAUAGUUAUUCCAGUUGAAAGUACAACACCACAGCGUGUUGUUAGUAUUGUAUACGCAGUGGUCCAAGCUUUAAUUUCUUUGGUUAUAGGUUCAGCAUUUUUAUAUUUAGGUAGCAGUUUAUAUAGCGCAAUGAGAUCAAACAAAGUAGGAUCAACAUCAAACAAAGCACAUCACCAAAGAAAGAUCUUUACAUUAACUUUAACAUGCAGUAUUGGUUUCAUUUUACAUUGUAUUUUCGUUUUAAUUAUGGUAGCAGCAAAUGUAAAUUCAAUUAUAUUUAGUUUUAUUUGCUUGGUUUUAACUGAAGUAAUACCAGCCAUCUCCAUCUUGUGGUCAUUCGAUCAACGUAAUCCAUAUCAACAAAAAUCAAGUGAUGGUGGUUCCACCAGAGGUUCAUUCUCAAAAAAUAAUAAAUUAACAUCAAUUGGUAUCGGAAGUUCUACAACAGAUCGUCAAUCAAAUCAAUCUUCCUCAUCAUCCUAUGGUACCCCAAUUUCAAAUAAUGAUAUUGGUAAUGACUCAUCAAAUAUAACACCAUAG